AUGCUGCUGGAUCGUUCCUCACUCCUCUCAGGAUACAUUAAACUCUUGUUCCUGACUUUAGCUGUCCUUGUUCUCCUGGCUCAGGCUUCCCCAGAUGGAUGGGUCAAAAGAUGCAGUUAUAGAAUUGGCAGAUGCAGACAAUCUUGCAAAGAAAAUGAGAAGAAGAAAGAAAAAUGUGGGGCAAAAAAAUUUUGCUGCAUCCCUGAUGUAAAGCAUUUACCCUCAUACCGUGUUGAGAUACAACAGAUGACAUGUGAGGCUAAGGCAAGAACAGCUGGGCGUCCAUAA